AUUCUUUUAUUAAGUGAACCAGUGCGAUCGGGUCACUGGUUUUGCGAUAAGUCUUGAGCCUACUAAUUUGAUAAGAUCGAUCGAAUGUGUCUUCAUAAUUCACAACGUCUCGAGAAGAUCGUGCUCAGUGUUUGGUUAUUAAUGAACUACUUAAAAGGACGGUGGCUGUACUCUCCAAUACUAAAUCUGUAGUGUCUGGCUCAAAUCUAGCCAGACCGGUUUGUGCGUGUUUGUGUUCCAUCGCGCUAAUACCCAAACAAUGGACCCGUUUCCUUUGAGGACAUUGAGCCAAUAAUUGUAAAUUCCAGAAUGAAAGACUCCAAAGUAAGUCGACGCAAGUAUGUCGAAUUUGGUCUACUUAUAUCAGGGACGCUCUUAAUAGCCCUUGGAAUAACAAUAAUUGUUUAUUUGGUGCCCAUACACGAGUUUAUCAUUCGGCAGGCUCUCACAUUCAACGACCAUUCAGACUCUUUCAAAGCUUGGCGGGCCAACGACCCGCCACUGAUUAUGGAUCUGUAUCUGUUCAACUGGACGAAUCCAGAGGAAUUAAGGAGUUCGGUGAAGCCCCGGUUUGAAGAAGUAGGCCCUUAUAGGGUUAAGGAGGUGAAAGAGAAGACGAAUUUAACUUGGAACGAGAACAACACCAUCAGCUACAUGGUGAAGAAGUUGUAUUAUUAUGAUGAGGGAUCCAGUCCCCGGCAGCUGGAUGAUUUAGUUACAACAAUCAAUCCAGUUCCUCUGACUGUGGCCUACCAAGCAAGGAACUACAACUAUUUUCCGAAAAGGUUCCUUUCCAUGACAAUGUCAGGCAUUUCCAAUUUGUACGUAACAAGAACGGCUAGACAGAUUCUGUUUGAUGGAUAUAAUGAUGGAAUUCUCAGUGUUCUCAGCCAGUUUCCCGGACUGAAUGUUAAGGACAAGUUUGGACUAUUUUAUGGGAAAAACGAUACCAUAGAUCCGGCAGUGUACAACAUGUACACCAAAACCGACGAGAAGUUCGGCAAACAAUUGACUUGGAACUACAAGAAUUACACGGACUUCUACACGCCCCCUUGUAACGAAAUCAAAGGAUCCGCCACUGAGUUUUACCCGUUGAAUGUGAACAAAACUACGCUCCUCUUCUACUCGUCUGAGCUGUGCAAAUAUGCCGAGCUGCAGUUUGUUGGCGAAGAAACCAUCAAAGGAGUUCAAGGAUAUCGGUUUUCUGGCGACCAUAUUUUCGACAAUGGUGAUUUGUAUCCAAAAAACCGCUGCUUUUGCCGAGAAACCUGCGUUCCAUCCGGGGUUCUGGAUGUGUCCAAGUGCAGGCAAAACUCCCCAUCCUACGUGUCGCUUCCACAUUUUUUUGCCGCCGAUCCGUACUAUCGAGAGCUGAUCGACGGCAUGCAACCUGAUAGGAAAAAGCACGAGUUUUACAUUGUAAUUGAACCGAAAUCUGGAAUUAUCAUGGACAUUGGCGCCAACAUGCAGCUGAAUAUGCUGCUGGAGCCCAUACGUGGAUUUGCGUUGUAUCAGGACGUUCCCAAAGUUUUCAUCCCGAUGUUUUACUUCGCCCAGCACAUCGAGCUGAAGGACGACCUGGCGGCCAAUUUGCGGCUGAUUCAGCGCUUUCCAGAGUUCCUCACUUACGCAUCCAUUAGCUUCAUGGCUUUGGGCAUUGUGGUCAUUGUUGGAACCGUGUGUUCGAUGCUCAAAGUCUGCUCGUCGACAGAGGGCAGCAUUAAGAAAAUCACGGAAAAAUUCUACGAAGAAAUUCCUUUCCAAGAAAAAAAUACAGUCACUUGAUUCAGGAA